CGACCACUUUGUAUUCCAUUUCGACCGAUGAAAAUUGUAAUGCAACGUGCGGAAUGAGCGAAGAUUUAGCCGUCUACCCACCCGUCUUCCCGUCUAAUCCUUCCGAGUCAUCUCAGCCUGCGGAGGAAUGAUGUCCGGCGGUAGUAGCAUCCGAGCCUUAUGGAUUCUCAAUCCCCAAGACGCCGUCGUCUUCUCCAGGAGAUUCCCCACGGUGGAGAAGCGGUGGCAUGCGGCGUGCCAGAGAGAAAUUGAUCAGCUGGGGGAUGCACUACAGCCGUUGCUGCCGACCGAUGCGGAGCUCGCCGUAGCUUUUGGAGAGAGGAAGCGGAGGGAAGGUUCUGUGUGUGGUUCUGGCAUUCGUACUAGUGGGUCAUCUAAGGGAUCAGAUUCUUGGGUUGAUGAUCCUAUCACUCGUCAUAUUAUAUCACUUCAUAUCCACAAGAAGGACAAAAAUGAGUUUAUCUUGUGGCCAUUAGUUUUACAUACAAAGGGCAGUUAUUAUAUUGCUAUUUUACCAUUGGUUGAGCCUCAACAGUUUAAAGCAUAUGAAAGAUUGUGUAAAAGGAAUUACUGUGGAAGCUCAGUUGGCGAGAAACAAAGUCUUUCUUCCUUUUUGCUUAAUCUUCCAUGCAUCACAGGGGCAUUUAUGGUGGCUCAUGUCCUAGGUGACAUAAUUUCUGGCGAUGUUCUUGAUCCUGAGGUUAUUGUAGGUGGUUCCUCUGUAGGGGGCCUAUUGGAUUCGCUUACAGGUAGCAUAGGCAUAUCAGGCAUUUCGGCCCGAGCAAAACCUGCCGUAGCACCUGUUUCAACUUCGAGCACCUCAGGUGCUUUUGUCAUUGGCGGCGCUACUCUGGAUGCCCCAAAAAGUACUUCAAAACCCAUUGACAAAGAUGCACUUCGCGCUUUUAUCAGCAGUUCAAUGCCAUUUGGGACUCCUAUAGACCUCAGUUAUACCAAUAUUUCUGCAAUUAGGGCAAAUGGCUUUUCAUCAGCAGAUAUACCAACUGCAGACCUCAAGCAACCAGCGUGGAAGCCGUACCUAUACAAAGGAAGGCAACGGAUACUAUUUUCCAUUCAUGAGAUUUUCAAUGCAGCGAUGUAUGAUCGUGAUGAAAUACCAGAUUCUCUUUCAAUAUCAGGCCAAGUGAACUGCAGGGCUGAGUUAGAAGGAUUACCUGACGUUUCAUUAACUCUGAGUGGGUUGAAAGAUGCUCAUGUGGAGGUUUUAUCUUUCCAUCAAUCUUCUCAGGUAUCAGAGCAUGGUGAUGAUAAGCAAGGUCUAAUGUUCUCGCCACCAUUAGGGAAUUUUUGUUUGAUGCAUUAUCAAGCUUUACGCGGUCUUGAUCCUCCUGUCAAAGGGUUCUACCAGCUGUCAAUGGUCUCGGAAGAUGAAGGUGCUUUUUUAUUCAGGUUGCGGUUAAUGGAAGGUUACAAGUCUCCUCUUUCGAUGGAAUAUUGUUCUGUUACUAUGCCAUUUCCUCGGAGAAGAGUUGCAUCCUUUGACGGGAAUCCUUCAAUCGGGACAGUUUCAAUGACAAAACAUUCUGUUGAGUGGAAAAUUGUUAUAAGUGGACGCAGUAUAAGUGGGAAAAGCAUCGAGGCUACUUUCUCUGGAAAUGUGAAAUUUCUUCCAAGAGCAAGCCAAAGAGUCCUUUCUUUGUCUAGGUCAGUUUCUGCAGUUAGAGCUGAAGAUGAUAGUGAUGGUGAGCAAGAUAGUUCUAAUAAUGUCAUGAACAUAGAGGAAUACCUGAUGGAGAAAAUGAAUAACGACCUGCAAGCAGUGGAGCUGGAAGAACCAUUUUGUUGGCAAGCAUACAACUAUGCAAAGGUGUCUUUUAAGAUUGUUGGAGGUUCACUAUCCAGAAUGACAAUUGAUCCAAAAUCUGUAAGCAUUUAUCCUUCUGUAAAAGCUCCAAUUGAGUUCUCAAUGCAGGUUUCCUCUGGAGACUACAUACUCUGGAAUACUUUGGGAAGAUGUCCCGCUUCUGCAUUGCCCAAAAAUUCUUGAUUACGUGAGAUCAUUUAUGUUAUGCUGUCUUGUCAGUUUAACUGUUGCGCAAUUUAUUUAACGUAUCGAAACUUCUUCAAAUCAACACAGGGGACUGCAUCAAAUGUUUGAAAAGUGCCUUAAUUUUCUAAAGGCAGUAAGUAUUUCGCCAUAAUUCUAUGAUACCACCAGUGAAAGAUUGAAGUGUUCUUAGUUGAUCUGAUUGACACUUUAUCAAUAAUUUCUUCUUCUUUUUUUUUUUUUUAACAAUAGAACUCCUUAAUGUAUUUCAAAUAAGAAUUAGGCUGUUGAGUUAGCUUUCGACUUUGUUGUAUGAUUUAUCUUCACUCUGCUCAUUCGUAAGCUGUUUGCUAUGAAAUUUGACAUGAAACAAAAGUGGGAAGUGAAGCGACUUGUAUU